CGAUUUUUUUUUCCUUUUUAUUAUUACUACUACUUUUUAUUUUUUUUUUUAUUUUUGUUUUUUAGCGACAGCUCUCAAACCUACUUUGGGGUCUUAAAACGAAACCGUACACCAUUUCACUGUGGACAUUACACCCUCUUUCAGAUAUGGGAGACAUGGGAGACCCACCAAAAAAAAAACGUCUGAUUUCCCUAUGUGUUGGUUGCGGCAAUCAAAUUCACGAUCAGUAUAUUCUGAGGGUUUCUCCGGAUUUGGAAUGGCAUGCGGCGUGUUUGAAGUGUGCAGAGUGUAAUCAGUAUUUGGACGAGACCUGUACGUGCUUUGUUAGGGAUGGCAAAACCUACUGUAAAAGAGAUUAUAUCAGGUUAUACGGCAUCAAGUGCGCCAAAUGCAGCAUCGGCUUCAGCAAGAAUGACUUCGUGAUGCGCGCCCGCGCCAAGGUGUACCACAUCGAGUGUUUCCGCUGCGUGGCCUGCAGCCGCCAGCUCAUCCCAGGCGAUGAAUUCGCGCUGCGGGAGGACGGCCUCUUCUGCCGGGCGGACCACGACGUGGUGGAGCGGGCCAGCCUGGGCGGCGGGGACCCCCUCAGCCCCCUGCACCCCGCCCGGCCGCUGCAGAUGGCAGCAGAACCUAUCUCUGCCAGACAGCCAGCUCUGCGGCCCCACGUCCACAAGCAGCCCGAGAAGACCACCCGAGUCCGGACUGUCCUUAAUGAAAAACAGCUUCACACCUUGAGGACCUGCUACGCUGCCAACCCCAGGCCUGACGCCCUCAUGAAAGAGCAACUGGUAGAAAUGACUGGCCUCAGCCCGAGGGUCAUCAGGGUUUGGUUUCAAAACAAGCGAUGCAAGGAUAAAAAAAGGAGCAUUAUGAUGAAGCAACUUCAGCAGCAGCAACCCAAUGACAAAACUAAUAUCCAAGGGAUGACAGGAACUCCUAUGGUGGCUGCUAGUCCGGAGAGACAUGACGGUGGUUUGCAGGCGAACCCCGUGGAGGUGCAGAGUUACCAGCCGCCCUGGAAAGUACUGAGUGACUUCGCGUUGCAGAGUGACAUAGACCAACCUGCUUUUCAGCAACUAGUUAAUUUUUCGGAAGGAGGACCCGGUUCCAAUUCUACUGGAAGUGAAGUAGCAUCAAUGUCCUCUCAGCUGCCAGAUACACCCAACAGCAUGGUAGCCAGUCCUAUUGAGGCAUGAGGAACACUCAUUCAGAUUUCUGUUGUUGUUGUUUCUGCCCUUAUCCUCAUCCCGUUGGAGAGAGUGGGAAAGUGAACGUGUUGUGACUCCGAAAUUUAGGGGGAAAGAAUAUUUAACAACCCUGUAAGAAACCUAGCAAGGAACUGUUCCAUGAGAUGAACGGAGUCAUGUUUGAAAAGACAAGGUAAUAUGGUAGCAACACUGUGAAGACAAUCAUGGGAUCUCACUAGAAAAAAAUACUAAAAAGAACCACAAACCCCGUGCUUUUCAAUGAUCAGAGGAGGAUUAAAAAGACGUUUUCCAAAUGUAAAGGAUUUGUACUUGUGGAUC